CGCUGAGGAAGUGAGCAAGCAGUAUAGCAUUGAGGCGCACUACCAGCAUGUCGAUGUGCGUCGGGAGGAAGAUAUCGUAAUGAUGAUCAAAAUUGCUGUGCAGAAAUGGGGCAGGCUUGACUACGCAGUGAACGCCGCUGGGAUCAUGCAAGAUGGCAUGGAGAAGAAGGACGAUGAGCAGAAAGUGUCGUCGGAGAUCUUUGACCGGACAUACGAGGUCAACCAGAGAGGAGUUUGGCUGUGCCAAAAGUACGAAGCCGCUCAGAUGAUGAAGCAAAGCCCCAGACGUGUCCAUUUCACUCCCGCCCCGCCAAAGGAGAUUCCUGGUCAGCGGGGUGCCAUCGUCAACGUCUCCUCGGUCUCGUCGUUGACAGGCCUGGGCUAUGCGGCGUACACGGCCACCAAGCAUGCCAUCAUUGGAAUCACCAGAAAUGGCGCGUAUUUCUACGGUCCGCACGGCAUUCGAGUGAAUGCUUUAUCGCCUGGUGGAACGGUCACUGAUCUGUCUAUCGCGGCUAUGCCAGUGGAGAUUCGUGAGCUGUUGAAGGAGAAUGAUCCGGCUCUGGCCAGCUCGUCGGUGCCAUUGCAGAAGUUCGCGUGGCCGCAGGAAGUGGCGAAUGUGGCCAGCUUCUUGCUCAGUGCCGAGAGCAGUUAUGUAAAUGGCACGAAUAUCGAGGUCGAUGGGGGAUAUUCGAAUACUCGUUUUGGUGGCUAGGGGUCAAUACCGACAUAGAGAUAUACAGCUG